AUGCCCCAAACAACUUCCCCGAUAAGCACGUAUUUUGACCAGACAUGGAUUGGUAUGAAAGUUCAUAUCGAUACUCCAGAACAAACUACUGUGGAAUGGACCCUAAUUCAGAAAAUCUACGAAAGAGAGAGGACCUCUAAUCAUCAUGGCAAAGAAGCACGAGCAAUCUUCCGAUGUACUGAUGCAGGCGACAAGAAAUGCAUCAUGAAGGCUCGAAUGCUACUCGACUGGAAAUAUCUCCAUACAUCCCCCUUCUUGACACACAUCGAAACCGAAAUCCGAGCACUUGGCAAACUCACAGAAAACAACUGCCAGUCCACGCCUCGCUUCUACGGUUCAAUGAUAUGCAUUCAAAACCUACCGGAUCCCAGCCCUGGGGCCGUAACGAGCUUUAUUGCAAUGGAGGACGUGCCGGGUAGGGUAUAUGACUGGACGGUGUUUUGGUCGGGUAUGACUGUGUUUGAGCGAGCGCAGAAGCGUGCAGCGUUCAGGAAAGCGUAUCAUGACUGCUUGAAAAGUGGAUAUUGGAACCUUGACGCUGGGCUUCGAAAUCUCGUUUUUGACGACGACAACGAGAAAUGCUACGUUAUCGACUGGGAAGCAUCCGUUCCUGCCUACGCUGGCGCUGUCAAAUUCAACGGUUUGAUGUACGGAAUGUGGGAAUUGAUCAAAUACAACCGAGCGAAUCCUGAGGAUUUUACUCAAUGGGAAUGGUAG